AUGCGGAUUGAAAUCAUUCCUUUUUCUCUCUUUCUUUUUAUUAUUAUCUUUUUGCUGUUUUUCUUUCUUUUUCUUUUUUUCUUUAUCUUUUACUUUCUUUCCAUCAUCUCAGAUUUUACUCUUUCAUUUUUUCAGAAUUUUUAUUUUUUGCUGCUUUUUUUCUAUCUUAGUUUUUCACUGAAUUUAUUCUUAAUUAUUCAUUUGGAUUUUCUUUCAUUCUCUUUCCUGCAAUUUUUCUUUACUUUUAUUUUUUGUGUGCCUUUUUCAUUUAUUUUUCCUGUUUUUGCUAUUUCUUCUUUUCCUCUUUCAUUCGGAAUUGUCAUUCUUGUUUUUAUUUUAUUCCUUCUAUUCUUUUCUUUCAUCAUUUUUCCAAAUUCCAUGCCAUCAGUCCUUAUUCCAUCCUCUUUUUUUUUCUCAUUUUACCUGAUUCUUGAAUUUUUCUUUUAUUCUCUUUCUCUUUUAUCUCUUUUUUCUUUUUCUUUUAUCUCUUCUUUUUCUUUUCUUUUGUCUCUUUUUCUUUUUAUUUUGUCUCUUUUUCUUUUGUCUCUUUCUUUUUAUUUUUCUUUUGUCUCCUUUUUCUUUCUCUUUUUUCUUUUUUGUCUCUUUUUUCUUUUUUGUCUCUUUUUUCUCUUUUUUCUUUUUUGUCUCUUUUUUCUCUUUUUUCUUUUUUGUCUCUUUUUUCUCUUUUUUUUUUUUUUUUCUCUUUUUUCUCUUUUUUCUUUUUUUUUUUUUUUUUUUUUUCUUUUUUUCUCUUUUUUCUUUUUUGUCUCUUUUUUCUCUUUUUUUCUUUUUUUUCUCUUUUUUCUCUUUUUUCUUUUUUGUCUCUUUUUUCUCUUUUUUCUUUUUUUCUCUUUUUUCUUUUUUGUCUCUUUUUUCUCUUUAGUCUCUUUUUUUUCUUUUGUCUCCUUUUUUCUUUUUCUUUUCUUUUAUCUCUUUUUUUCUCUUUCAUUUCUUUUGUCUCUCUUUUUCCCCCUCAUUCUCCCAGUUAACAUCUAUUCAGUUUUCUCUUUUCUCCAUUUGGCCUAA